AUGACCGAGAUAGCGGACUUGAUGAACCACGACGAAGUCAUCAAGGGCACAGCCUUCAUCAAAACAGCGCUACAGAACUUGGCGACAAUCGGAGUUGAUGUCCCCAUUGUCCUUGGCGAAGUGGGAAAUACACUCGGUAAUGGGUCAUCGGGUGUAAAUCUGGAAGGAGUUCUGGGGUCUGCCUUGUGGGAGGUAGACCUCUCGCUGUACACUAUGUUUCUGGGAGUUCAUGGUAUCAGUAUGCAGUCGGGAACCAAAUUUCCCUUUGCGCUCUGGCACCCGCAAUAUAGCAACACUGCCGGUGCUGUACUGCCAGCCUUCUACGCGCAGAUCUUCGCGGCAGAGUUCAUCGGCUCUCAUGGAAAUGUUACUGUGGCAAAUAUCGACCUUGGACAGCCACAUCUAUCCGCAUAUGCUGCUUACGAGGGAGCUAACUUGGCUCGACUCGCCAUUAUUAACCUCGAGCUGUGGGAUGGCCGCCAUGAAAGCCAGGAAAAGCGCCACUCCAAGCAGAUGCUGCUCCACGUGCCCGCUGGUACCGACAGUGUCACAGUGAAACGGCUAACUAGUCCAGCGGGGGGUAUGGCCAGAAGUUCUAACCAGAUCACAUGGGGUGGGAUGCAGUGGACUUACGAGAACGAGGGCAGAGGGGAAAAUGUUUCUACUGGCGCAGAGAGAUUGACUGUUAAGGAUGGUACCGUGCACAUCGCCGUUAACGCAAGCGAAGCUGCUAUGGUCUUCUUUUGA